AUGCCACGCAUAUUACUUAUUCUCUUCUCCCUCAGUGUAAUGACGCUAAUGUUGAUUGCCCGCUGUGGUCUGAAUAUUGACCAUUACUUUCACCAGCAGGCCGCAGCAGCUGCCGCAGCUGCUCAGGCAUUAACCUCAAACGACAUGGCUGUUUUGGACCACAAGCGACUACGUGAUGUCAACGAGAAACAAACCCGAGAAAUGGCCAAACUUCGAAAACAAAUUCGUUUCCUUGAGGCAGCCCUGAAGGGCGCUUAUCAAAAGGCUCAAAAUUUAUCCAUGAGGUCUACAACGACGACCACGGCUAAACCCGCGGAGCCCGCCGAGAGCAAAGCGACCACGCCCUUAUCGGUCAACAUGGGGGAACAGAUUUUGAUCAGUGACCAACCGCGACAAGUGGAUAACAUCAACUAUACGCGCUUCUUUCAGGAGCAAUUCAAGUCCGCCGAAAUUCUACACGGAGUGACGUUAAAGUCCGAAUACGAGUUGAUCCCUUUUACUCGAUUCUCGACUGGCAGAAUCUUUCUGGUUGAGCCAGGGCUCGGGAAAAGAGUGGUCGAAAAGCCCAUUGGUUUCAAGAAGAAAGAUCUGUCUGAAGUGGUCCAGUUUGCUGUGGACCAGUUGAACCGAGAACGCAGCGAAAAGGACAAGUACGCCGCUGACGACUUUGUAGAAGGGAUCUAUCGGAUUGACCCCACAACAGGGUCCCAUUAUGAGCUUUACUUUCGGGAUAUUGAUCGCCCGGGGAUGAAAAAUUAUUACUCAAAACUGACUGUCAUGAGACCGUUUGGUCCUCUACAGCUUAUCACUAAAAAUUGGAUAAACACGAACAAAGAAUGGAUCAAUUUGAUUCUGCCUUUGUCCGGCCGCACGGACACUUUCCGAACAUUUAUGGAACGCUUCGUUCGCGUGUGCAUCCUCCAAGACAAACGCGUUUUUCUGACAGUGGUUUACUUUGGUAAGGAAGGUUUGACCACCGUAAAAGACAUCUUGACUUCAACGGCGAAAACGUAUAGAUUCAAAUACAUUAAACUGAUUAGCCUGAAAGAAAAAUUCUCCCGCGGUCAGGGAUUGCAAGUUGGCACCUUGAAUUGGCGGAAUGGUGAUCCUCUUAUGUUUUUCUGCGAUGUUGAUAUUGUUUUUGGAACAGAUUUCCUGGAGAGGUGCCGACUAAAUGCAGCUCCCCAAAAAAGAGUUUAUUAUCCAAUUGUUUUCAGCCUCUAUAAUCCGAAUGUGGUCUACUCGUUACAUGAUAUGCUGAUUCCUCCAGAGAAAGACCAGUUGGUGAUUUCCCGGGAUACUGGAUUCUGGAGGGAUUUUGGUUACGGAAUGACCUGCCAGUACAAAUCUGACUUCCUCAAUAUCAAAGGCUUUGACGAACAAAUCACAGGGUGGGGAGGAGAAGAUGUGCUUCUCUACCAGAAGUACGUGCGAAGUGAGUAUCUUGUGGUCAGGGCCACAGAUCCGGGAAUAUUUCAUCUUUACCACGAGAAGACAUGCGACCCUAAUUUAAAGCCCAAACAGUAUCGAAGCUGUAUCCAGUCUAAGGCAUUAAACGAAGCCUCACAUGCCCAGUUAGGGUUGCUGGCUUUCAAAGACGAAAUUGAUAUACACCGAGGUUAUAAACGUUGGAGCAGCCGAUAA